AUGAUUGAUGCUGGCUCAUCAGGCUCUCGAGUCCACGUUUAUAAGUUCAACUUUUGUCGUGAGGAACCAGAACUUGAGAAUGAAGUUUUCCAUAUGAUAGAACCCGGCUUAUCAUCAUUUGAGAACGAUCCUGAGGCAGCUGCAGAUUCUUUAGAAGAUUUAUUACAAAUUGCUGUAGAAAGUGUACCCGCAUCUAUGCAAAAAUGUACACCUAUUGCUGUCAAAGCAACAGCAGGUUUACGAUUGUUGGGAGCAGCGAAGAGUCAACGUAUUCUCGAUGCAGUAAAGAAUCGACUGGAGGUGAAAUACCCCUUUCCUAUAAAUGCCGUAGAGAUUAUGGACGGUAAAGAUGAAGGAGUCUAUGCAUGGAUAACAGUUAAUUAUUUGUUGGGCAAUCUAAAUGUGGGUCGUGGCGGAAAGUCAGCAGCCACAUUCGAUUUGGGCGGGGCUUCCACGCAAAUCGUGUUUGAACCUCAAUUUCCCAUUGGCAACGAACAAAUGGCACCAGGCGAUCAUAUAUAUCAAUUAAAAUACGGAAAUCGACAGUACAACUUAUAUCAGCACUCUUACCUUGGAUUUGGAUUAAAGGAAGCUAGAAAGAAAAUCAAAUCGGAUAUAAUUAGACUAAGGGAAGAAUAUGCUAUUGCAUCAGGCCGCGUAUACCAUCCUUGUUUGCCUGAAAAUUAUACAGAAACCAUCAAAUGGACAUCGCACAAUACAACUACGAAUGUGAAAGUGAUUGGAACUAAUGCUGGUCAUGCUAUGUGUCGUGGCGUCAUUGAGAAAAUUUUCGGUAAAGAGAAGCCUUGUCCUUUAUCACCUUGCGCUUUUGAUGGUGUCUAUCAACCUCCCUUAACAGAAACAUUCAGUGACCAUGAACUUUAUGUAUUUUCUUUCUUUUACGAUCUGACGCAACCCUUGGGUAUGCCAUUACAAUUUUCUGUGCGCGAAUUGGGUGAGCUCGCCAAUCGCGUAUGCAGCAAUGAUGUGGAAGUAUUUCAACAUGUACCUGGGGCCAUAAAGGUACUGAAACAGUCACCCGACUAUUGCUUAGAUUUGACUUAUACCCAUGCUCUCCUAAGGGUUGGCUAUAAUGUGCCUCCUGAACGCCUGGUUCGUACUGCAAAGAAAAUCAAGGAUGCAGAAACUGGCUGGUGCUUAGGUGCUUCCAUUGCUAUGAUAGAUGAUAACCAACUCUGUAAACGCUACUGA